AUGGAGAAUCUGAACCAGUCCAACUCAAACAUCUCUGGCAUGAUGUCUCUGAAGGAGCAGGUCGGUACUGGGGUUCUGGGAGCCUGUUUCCUACUGGGUGUCCCUGCCAACGUUGCUGUUGUGGUCUUUCUGCUACGGCACCUCAAGAGGGACAACUUCACCCUUCAUCUCAUGCUGAAUCUUGCCGCUUCGGAUAUCCUGCGUUUGCUCUGUGUACCGCUGUGGAUCUACAACCUGAGUUCGACCUGGGCGUUAGGCCGUGCCUUCUGCAAGCUGCUCUACCUCCUCGUCUUCAUGAGUUCCUAUUGUAGCGUGCUGACCGUGACUCUGAUGAGCGUCCAGAGGUACGUGGUGGUUCUGCACCGGAGCCAGUGGACCAAGCUGGGCCGCAAAGGAGAAAAGCUUCUGCUCCUCUCCCUCUGGACACUCACUCUGAUUCUGUCCAGUCCGGAGUCGGUACAGGCAGACCUCGCAGAGCGUAAAAGUAAGGUCUGUACAAGAACCCCUGAUGAAGUGUUUUUGGGCAUUCUUCUGUGUGAGACGCUGCUGGGUUUUGUCCUGCCAUUCUUUGUCAUGGCGAUGUUUUACUUCUGCCUCCACAAGAAGGUCAAGCAGAGCCCUCUCUCAGGCAACCCUCGGCUGGCCAGAUUGGUGAUUGCCAUCCUCUUCACUUUUCUCGUACUGGGGAUGCCUUGUCAUGUGAUGAACCUGAAAAUGGACAGUGGCCACGCCCACUCGCGUUACAGGAAGCACAUAAAUCGGUACACACCACCCUCGUGA